AUGGAAGCAACCGAAGAUGCACUGCCUACAUGGCAAGAAUUGGGAGCGUUCAGAGAGAAGGUAGUGGGUGUAUGCAACGAGUUCAACUAUUUGAUCGCACAUACGAAGCCGACUCAACCGCUGGACGACAGGCCGAGAGAAGCCACUGCGGAAACUCCAACAACGAGAGAGAAGUUGACAUGGAUAACGGAGACUAUGGACGGUCUAAAGAGCAUGAUGCGGGUACUUGAGAGAAUGGCUGCGGCUCAGAACGCAGGUGCCGCACCCACACCACAAAGUCCCACACGUUCCUCGGGUAGUUCGAUUUCGCAUGCUUCAUUACCAACGAACCCAGAUCUGGUCCCAGGCCCCGGCACUGCGUCAUCAAUCUCACCAAGACCCGCAAGUACCUUGGGCAUACCAUCGGUGCAGAGUUCAACUUUUGUGAACCCGGAGCAACUUAGCAAAAGUUCAACCCUCGCACCUACUUCCCUCAUAUCCUCCGCUUCCGCAGAUGCUGCGGCCAUACCGACGGUGCGGGCAUCAGAAAGACUUAGGCGUGGUCAUCAAGAUGGAGCCAGUGGAUUGUCUGAUCCUGUGACGGAGGCAGGAAGUGGACACACAGACGAAUCAGGACAAGAAGAUGGGGUCUUUGUGCGUAAUGUCUUCGACUUUCGCAGUAACACUACAGCGACCCUCGAAAUACUCUCUCGCGACCCGGCUGUUCGUAAGAUGGGUAUGGGUGUGGUGAAAGUGCCAGAUCUACGAAAGUUUCAUCCGGCGCCAGAUGCCUUUGGAGACCAAGAAUCCGUUCACUGGAGUUCGAUAGAAUUCGGCAAAGACAAGCAUGAGAUGGUGAUCGUUAGGGCUGUCAGCGACGAUGAACUGCCACAUCCGGAGGAGUUGCGAGACCAGCUUCAGAACAUGGAAGAUGACCAAGACCACGAAUAUUCGUCCAAAGAGCUGGAAGAUAUGUUCGAAUAUCCGGUUGAGCCAGGCAGCACCGAUCAGGCGCGACUGUACUUGAGAGGCCCUACCAGCAUGCUUGGUGCGUCUUUCAACCCUCUGCUAGACGCCGGGAAAAGACUGAAAGAGGCGUUAACAGAGACCGUGGCUGGCGUCAACGAGAGCUACGCCUAUGUGAGCAUGGCAGACGGGCAACGCACAGCCACAGCUAUGCACAUAGAGGAUUGCGAGUGGUCGUCUGUCAAUGUCCUUCUCGCUGGCCAGCCCAAGGUAUGGCUGAGUAUCGAGCCUGCUUUCAUAGACACGCUCACAGCUCGGCUCCGACAAGUGUACGCGACGGAUCUGACACAUUGGAGCUGCUCUCAGACUAUCCGGCAUCUCAACAUAUUCAUACCACCGUCCUCACUGCGGGAAUGGGGGAUCCCGUACCACAUUCGAUUGUGCCGACGUGGUGAGGCAGUAUUCACAACACCCAGGGCAUUGCAUCAAGUUAUCAGCCUGGGAGACAACGUGGCUGAGGCCGUCAACUUUGCUUUGUCGAGCGCAGAUAUGCCACCACUUUCCUACGAGUUCUGUGUCGAAGGCGUCUGUGGUGAGAACCCUCUUCAGUUCAGCAGUUUUCGAGGACAACAGGGCGUGAAGAGGAACCCCAGUGAGGAACCGCAGCAACGCAAUGUAAGGUCACGCAAAGCUCCAACAGAAGAUCAAACGUUGCAUUUACUGGCGCGCAUGCGCAAACUCAGUCUAUGCGAAAACGUAAAUCUCGAUGCCGGCGCAUACACGAAAGGCGUACGCGUCGCCGCCUCUGUACUAAGCAAGGGCACUCUCCAUCAAAUCAAAGCACUAGUCCGAACGUGGCGCUCGCAGAAACCUGCAUCGAUGUCUCUGCAACAGAACGACGCAGUUGCUGAAGUGGCCUGUUUUCAUCGACAGGUCAUGGACAUUGAGAACGAGCGCGAUCAUGAUCUGUUCCGCCUGCGGGUAGCCGAGUACCAGUUCGCGCACAGCGUGCGCCUACACAAGAAUAAGGACAAGAUGUUCAUCCACAAAGUACUCCAACGCUUAGGUAUUGAACCCACCAAGAAAGCGCUCAAGGCCUUCAAUAAUGUCUACUCGCGGCGAGCGAAAUGGCUCGGCAUCUGUGAAAAUUGUCCAGGUGGCUCGCCCAAUGUCGGUAUCUUGGCUCUCAUUCCAUUCGCAAUUGAGGCGCCAUACUACGUGUCGUCUGACAAGUGCAAGAAGAUUACAUACAAGGAUGUAUCUGAGUUUUCCGCCGUGAUGAACCAAUCGUCUGUCAUAGCAUCAGCACUCCUACGUGUAGGUGUUCGUAUGUACGAUCUCUACAACAAGUCGGAAGAGUUUGAGUUUGAGUUUGAGCAUUGCAGCGAGGAAGCUUACCAGCAAUUUGUAUGGAACAGGGGCCUCGGAAAGGACCUGGACGAUUAUGACGACAGAGAUCCAGGAUUGGGUUGGCUAGGCCACAUCCGGCAGCACUUCAACGCCAACUCUGGCCCUGACCACCACUGCUCUGACGAUGGCGAGUGGGAUACCGACCCCACGACUGCCGAGCCAGGAGCUAAGUGUCAGACAUGCAGCGUUCAGGCUCCAUGCCAAUGCCUACGCUUUCCUCCAAACGCAUAUCGAAUCAAGCGAGACUAUGACCGGGGACGUAACGUGGAGGCGGCCGCGACAUUGCCUGAAGGUAUCCUGAUCGGAGAGGUGAUCGGCCAGCUUGUGCCACUCAACACCGAGACAGAUAAUGGCAUGCUGGUACUACACAGCGACACCGAAGCACUUUGCAAGAUCAAGCGUUCAGAGCAGGGAAACUGGACAAGGUUCGUUACACAAGAGGAAACUGGAAACGUCAAGUUUGAAUCCCUCCUUGUCAACGGGCGUUGGAGAAUCUUACUACGCACGCUCGAAAUUGUCCACGCGGGGAUGCAACUCGUAGCCACACGAUAA